AUGUCAAUGAUGAAGGCUGUUAUUUUGGCUGCAGGUUAUGGGACGAGGUUGCAGAGAGACAUUGAGAAGGACCAGAGUAGACACUUUGAACACUUACAGGGUGUUGCUAAACCCCUACUUCCGGUUGGAGACUGCGCCCUCAUCUCCCAUUGGCUCAGAGCUCUCUCUCACUCAGCGUGUGUACAGCAAGUGUUUGUGGUCACCAAUGCACAUUACCAUCAAGCUUUCCAGCUCUGGGCUCAAGACUUCCCCAGUGUUCAGGUCCUUAAUGAUGGGACGAGAAAUAACGAGGAGCGACUCGGGGCAGUUGCAUGCCUUCAGCUGGCGGUGAAUCACUUUGCAGUGGACGAUGACGUCAUCGUGAUUGGAGGUGACACGCUGUUUAAAGAGGACUUCAGUCUCAGGAAGUUUACAGAGUAUUUUGCUGAGCUGCAGAGGAAAACUGAAGACGCCAACUUGGUGCUCACAUAUAAAUGCAAGGACGAGGAAACGGCAAAAUACGGCAUCCUGGAGGUGGAUUCAGACUAUCGGGUGCAGCGUAUGAAAGAAAAGCCUCUGCCGUCUGAGACACACUCACGCAGUGCCGUACGAAUGACACACAACACUACGAAUCAGUCACGUGUCUCUACAACUACGUGUAAACACACAGAGGACUUAUUCUGUCGUGUUUUCUUCCAGUGUCCCUGUUUUUACUUGUUCUCAAGAACAACACUUCCUCUGCUGGACGUCUUCCUGAAGGAGAAGGAGACACGGCCACUGGAGGAGAGAGAUGCACCAGGGAACUUCCUGUCAUGGCUUAUAGCAAGGAGGCCGGUGUACGUGCAUGAGAUUUCUGGACGCUUCGAUGUGGGAAACCUGGCAUCAUACACCGAGUGCGACAGAUACUUCAAAGAACAACUUAAAAAUCCAGUCCUUUAUUUAAUCUAGUAUUCAAACCCACAGGGACGCGUGUCAAGACGUUCAGAUCCACUGCCUCUGUGAUUAGAAGAAUAAAACAAAAUAAAAAUCCCUGCUCUAACUGGC